GCGGGGCCGCGCAGGCGCGCAGGGCGCCCCGGCUCCGGCGCAUAAACAAGAGCGGGGCCGGGAUGAGGCGGCGGUUGCUUCCCGAGCAGCGAGAGGCGGCCUCUGAGGCGGCGAGCGGGGCCCGGCGCCGACCCUGAGCGCUCCCGACCCGCCCCCCGCGCGCGAGCCCACGGCCGGGCCCACCCGCCCGCCCGCCCGCUCGCCCGCCGCCGCGCGCCCACCAUGAACCUGGCGAGCCAGAGCGGCGAGGCCGGCGCCGGCCAGCUGCUCUUCGCCAACUUCAACCAGGACAACACGUCCCUAGCUGUUGGUAGUAAGUCCGGUUAUAAAUUUUUCUCCCUUUCUUCUGUGGAUAAGCUGGAACAGAUCUAUGAAUGCACUGACACUGAGGACGUGUGCAUUGUGGAAAGGCUGUUCUCCAGCAGCCUUGUGGCCAUUGUCAGCCUCAAGGCCCCUAGGAAGCUCAAAGUCUGCCACUUCAAGAAGGGCACCGAGAUCUGCAACUACAGUUAUUCCAAUACCAUCCUGGCCGUGAAGCUCAACCGCCAGAGGCUGAUUGUGUGCCUGGAAGAGUCUCUGUACAUCCACAAUAUCCGGGACAUGAAGGUGCUGCACACCAUCAGGGAGACGCCCCCGAACCCUGCGGGCCUGUGCGCGCUUUCCAUCAGCAACGACAACUGCUACCUGGCCUACCCGGGCAGCGCCACCAUCGGGGAGGUGCAAGUCUUCGACACUAUCAACCUGAGAGCCGCCAACAUGAUCCCAGCACACGACAGCCCGCUGGCAGCGCUGGCCUUCGACGCGAGCGGGGCGAAGCUCGCCACUGCCUCUGAGAAGGGGACUGUGAUCCGGGUAUUUUCCAUUCCAGAGGGACAGAAACUCUUUGAAUUCCGGAGAGGAGUCAAGAGGUGCGUGAGCAUCUGCUCGCUGGCCUUCAGCAUGGACGGUGUGUUCCUGUCAGCAUCCAGUAACACGGAGACCGUGCACAUCUUCAAGCUCGAGACUGUGAAGGAGAAUCCCCCCAGGCCUCAGGAGGAGCCCAGCACCUGGACCGGCUACAUUGGGAAGGUGCUCAUGGCCUCCACCAGCUACCUGCCUGCCCAGGUCACUGAGAUGUUCACCCAGGGCCGCGCCUUUGCUACCGUUCGCCUGCCUUUCUGCGGCCACAAGAAUAUCUGCUCGCUGGCCACAAUCCAGAAGAUUCCCCGGUUACUGGUGGGAGCGUCUGAUGGCUACUUGUACAUGUACAACCUGGACCCCCAGGAGGGUGGCGAGUGCACCCUGAUGAAGCAGCACAAGUUGGACGGCAGCAUGGAGACGACCCAUGAGAUACUGGACUCGGCCUCUCAGGACUGCCCCUUGGUGGCCCAGCCCUACAGCCCCGCCGCGGCCAAAGGUACUCAGGGGCCUGCGUCCCCGACCAGACCUGCCUACACGGAGGAGCUGGGCGCCGUGGGCGGGGCCUGCCUGGAGGAGGAGGCAGGCACCCUGCGCCUUGAGGAGGACAGCGAGCACCCGCCCAUGAUCCUCCGCACCGACUGACCCGCGUGGGAGCCGGCGGGGCCCGGAGACAAGACUGUAGCUGUAGUUUGAUUCCGUACUGAUGAGAAAUACAUUGUUUUCGGUGGCUUUGAAUCCUGCUCACGAAUUUAGCUCUUUGUUUUUUCUUUUUUGCCAAAAUACCUGUUUGGCGAAGCCCUUGGAACCUCCUCGCUUUGCAUGCAUUAAUGUGCCAAGCCAGCAGAGGGCGCCGCGCGCCUUCCCUACUGUGAGGGCUGGGUCGGGCCAGGCCAGCCUUGCCCGGAGGAGCUGAGGAGGGGGGUGGGGCUCACAGGCUGGAGGCGGCCUCCCCAGGGCCCCUCCUGGACCUUUCCCCUCUUUUAUUUUGUUAAUUAAAUUCUUUCCUAAUUGGA